CCGUCGGCCCGGCAUGGGAUUGUUGAUAUUCGCAAAUGUUGUGAACGAUUCCAUUAUUUCAAGUUAAACCAAUAUCUCGAUGUAAAAGUUUCAUUUGAAAAUGGCAAAAUAUAUGAAUCCUGGAAAAAGUUUUCUUCUGUGGUAUGCACAUGAUCUCAUCAACUUUAGACUGCAGGAAUUACAUGCAAUUUCUGCUUGCUUUAAUAUCAAAUAUGAGUGGCUGGAAGAACCAUCAAUCAGUCAUCCAUACCUUUUAGUGAAUUUUGCAUCAUCUGCUGAUGUGAUGAAAGUCAUGUCUCGCACAGUAUUAAUAAGGUCUGCCUAUGAACUUUGGGCAAAGAGCAAUUCCAUAUCAUGCCUUUAUAAAAAAAUGAAAGCUUUACCAAAGUCAUUUACUGAACCAUAUUCUCGUUCAAAUGUUUCGUUUAGAAUUCUUGUAGAAUCAUUUGGUAAAAAGCUGAAUAAAGAUUACAAAGUUCAAAGGAUUGAUGAACUUGCCUUCCUUGCUUUUGAAGGCCCAAUUAAAUUAAAAGAUCCAGAUCACAGUUUUUUGUUGAUGGAAUAUUAUGGAACAAACAGAAAUUUCGCUCCCGAGGAUCCUUAUCAUUUAUUUUUUGGUCGAUGGAUUGCUGAUGGUCAACGAACUGUUAGUCAAAAAAUAAACUUAAAGACACGGAAAUUUAUAGGAAAUACCUCUAUGGAUCCCUUACUCUCUUUAGUAAUGGCAAACAUGGCAUGUGUUAAACCAGGAAGCAUUGUUCUUGACCCAUUUGUUGGAUCAGGUGGUUUACUUGUUGCUGCAGCACAUUUUGGGGGCUGUUGCUUUGGGACUGACAUUGAUUACCUGAUGUUACAUGGAAGAGCAAAGCCUUCAAGGUUAAAUCAAAAACGCCGUGCACCAGAUGAAAGCAUUUUGUCCAACAUGAAACAAUAUGGCUUAGAAUCUCAAUAUCUAGAUGUUAUUGUUUCUGAUUUUGCUCUUCCUUUAUGGCGAGUUACCUCUCUUUUUGAUGCUAUUAUUACUGACCCUCCCUAUGGAAUUCGAGAGCCUACUGAGAGGAUAGGAACAGAAAAAGAUUAUAAAAUUCCAGAUCAUUUAGCCAACAGCCACAUUCCAUCAAAAGUGUCAUAUUCUCUUCAAGACAUCAUUGAAGAUCUGCUGGAUUUUAGUUCAGUCUACUUAAGGCUUAAUGGUCGAUUAGUAUAUUGGAUGCCGUCUUUUAAUGAAGAUUUUGACAAAACCAAAUUGCCUUAUCACCCAUGCUUAGAACUGAAAGGUUUCUGCAAGCAAGCUUUAACUGGUCAUUCAUCACGUUACCUUAUCACCAUGCAGAAAAUCAAGGAAAAUAUGAAUGAGUCAGAAAAAGCCCAUGUACCUGAUGCUGCUUUAUCCUUUCGUAAAAAAUAUUUUGAAGCACAUAAGAAACGUUUGCAACAAUGAGUUUUUAAUUUUAUUGUGUAAAGCUUUUAUUAUAAAUAACAUUUUUAUAAGCCU